AUGUGCUCUCUCAGCGCAGCCAACGCCAAAUUCUGCCUUGACUUUUUCAGAGAGCUGAGCAAAAGAAAAAAAAAUGAAAACAUCUUCUUCUCCCCGCUAAGUCUCUCAGCUGCCUUUGGGAUGGUUGUCCUCGGAGCCAGGGGCAACACACUCAAACAGAUUGAGAAGGUAUUUCAUUUCAGUGAAGUUUUGAGCAGUACAAGCCAGGGAAAGAGAUACCCUUCUCAGAAGAGCGAAGAAGCUGGAGGAGUCCAUUCCCAGUUCCAGGCUCUCUUGGCUGCAGUCAGCGAACCCAGACCAGGCUGCUCUCUCACCAUUGCCAACAGGCUCUUUGGAGAAAUUACUUAUCCGUUCUUCCAGCAAUACUUGGAUUCCACAAAGAAAUUCUAUCGAGCAGAACUGGAACCAGUCAAUUUUAAAUACACUGAAGAAGAAGCCAGAGAGAAGAUUAACUUCUGGGUGGAAAAUGAGACAAAAGGUAAAAUCAAAGACCUAUUUGCUGCUGGGUUUAUUGAUCCCUCUACUGUACUUGUCCUGGUCAAUGCUAUAUAUUUUAAAGGAAAGUGGGCAGUAGAAUUUAAGAAAGAAGACACUAAGGAAACAUAUUUCCAACUGAACAAGAAUGAGAGAAGGACAGUGCAGAUGAUGUUUCAAGAAGGUUAUUUUAACAUGGCCAUCAUAGAGGAAUUGAAAAUGAAAGUGAUAGAGCUCCCAUACUUUAACAAUGAACUGAGCAUGUUCAUUCUUCUUCCUGAAGUUGUCUGUGAGGACUUUACUGGCCUAGAACAGCUUGAAUGCACCCUCACGUAUGAAAAACUAGCAGGAUGGACCAGCUCGACUAGGAUGCAACAGCUGAGAGUGAAGGUGUACCUGCCUCAGUUCAAGAUGGAGGAAAGUUAUGUUCUCAACAAAACUCUCCAGGAGAUGGGAGUGAUGAAUGUUUUUGACUGGGGAAAAGCUGAUUUGUCAGGAAUCUCUAGGAAAGAUGGUUUGGUUGUGUCCAAGGCCAUCCAGAAGUCAUUCGUGGAAGUCAGCGAAGAGGGCACUGAAGCAGCUGGUGCCAUGGGGCUUGUUGCAGUGCCUCUGUGUCGCCCAAUUUCUUAUGAGUUCAAAGCUGACCAUCCAUUCCUCUUCUUCAUCAGACACAACCCAACCAAAACUAUUCUCUUCUUUGGAAGAUAUUCUUCCCCUUAA